AUGUCAUUAAUUAAAAAAAUUAAAUCUCAAUACGAAAUGUGGAAGGUAACGAAAUAUACUAGACGAAGAUCCGCCAUGACACCAGAUUUCGAACAAAAAGAUCCUGAUUUUUACAAACAGAAUUAUGUUAAUGGAGUAUAUUUAAAUUAUGCUAGUCCAGAACAACCUAUUCCAAAAAGGAAUGAUAGUAAUGCUAGCUUUGUAAAAAAGAACAAGAACCAUAAUAAACAUAAUAAAUCUUCGAAAAUGAUCAGAAUUGUCAGUAUGGUAGAUAUAGCACUAGAUUUUGCGGACGACUAUAUUUUUGAUGAUUUAUACGCGCGUUUUUAUCUACGAGUUCAACCAAAUUCCACCUUUAAUACAAAUGUAAUACCUCGUGAAAACAAUUUAAUGAAACAUCCGAAAUUUUUAAAAAAUCAAAUAUCGAAAGAAAUAAAGUUAUCUGCUAUUGGUUAUCCUGUUACUAGUCUUGUUACUAUACCUUGGUUUCUUGUCCCAACUCCUUACGCAUCUCAUGCAUUUCACCCCUUAGAUGGAUAUGUUCAAUCCGUUCCUUAUCAUCUUUUCGUAUAUUUGUUUCCUUUACAUAAGUAUAUAUAUAUAGGGUUAUUUAUCUUUGUAAAUCUUUGGACAAUCAUGAUCCAUGAUGGUAAAUUCCUUUCAUCCGGAUCGUUUAUCAAUGGUGCGGCACAUCAUGCGCUUCAUCAUUUAUAUUUUAACUUUAAUUAUGGUCAAUAUUUUACCAUUUGGGAUAAGUUUGGUGGUAGUUAUAGAAAACCUGGUGAUGAACAAUUAGAUGAUAAGAAAAGGAAGGAUCAAAAUAUCUGGAAAAAACAAUCCAAGGAAGUCGAUUCAUUUGAUGAAAAUGGAAAAGAAAAGAAAUCUUAA